CCGCGAUUGAGUCACUCAUUGACGGGGAUUUCCCUCAUGCCGGCUACCUACCACCUUAUAUUUGAGAACGGAGGCCCGCUGAACCUGCCUCCCGGGACCCAGAGCUGACCAUCCGCAACACGUCGUCCACAAUGGCUGAAAUACCAGACCCAACAAUCGACUUGGACUGGUCGGGCUACGUCGGCUCGAUCCAAGAGCACUUCCGAGCCCAGGCCGAGGCCCAUCCGGACCGCACAUGUGUCGUCGAGACCAAGUCGUCCACCAUCCCGGAGAGGCGCUUUACCUACCGCCAGAUCUACGAGGCCGCCAACACGCUGGCAUGGUACCUGCACAAUGCUGGCGUCACCAACGGGGACGUGGUCAUGAUCUGGGCGCAUCGCUCGGUGGACCUGGUGGUGGCGCUCAUGGGCAUCCUGGCUUCUGGCGCGACUAUGACUGUGCUGGACCCCGCGUACCCUCCGGCACGACAGCAGAUCUACCUCGAAGUCUCCCAGCCGAACGCCCUGCUGAGGAUCGGCCGGGCCACCGACGAGAACGGGCCCCUGGCCCCCUUGGUUCAGAAGUACAUUGACGACGCGUUGCAACUGAAGACCGAUGUCCCCGACCUCAGACUCCGUGACGAUGGCAUUCUCUACGGCGGCGAGGUCGACGGUCAGGACAUCUUCGCCGGCGUGAGGGGACUCGCUUCUGCCCCUCCGGAUGUUCUCGUCGGGCCGGACUCAAAUCCCACGCUCUCCUUCACAUCCGGCAGCGAGGGGCGGCCGAAGGGUGUACUGGGUCGGCACUUCAGCCUGGUUAAGUACUUCGGCUGGAUGGCCGAGCGUUUCAACCUCUCGUCGGAGAGCCGAUACACGCUGCUGUCCGGCAUCGCCCAUGACCCCGUGCAGCGCGACAUCUUUACCCCGCUCUUCCUCGGCGCGCAGCUGCUGGUGCCUUCCAAGGAAGACAUCCAGCACGAGAAGCUCGCCGAGUGGAUGCGCGAACACAAGCCCACCGUGACCCAUCUCACCCCCGCCAUGGGUCAGAUCCUCGUCGGCGGCGCGACCGCCGAGUUCCCCAGCCUGGAGCACGUGUUCUUCGUGGGAGACGUGCUCACCACGAGGGACUGCCGGGCCCUCCGGCGACUUGCGGUCAACGCCAACAUCAUCAACAUGUACGGCACGACCGAGACCCAGAGAGCAGUGAGCUACUACGAGAUCCCGAGCCGGGCGCGGGAUCCGGACUUCCUGGACAGGCUCAAGGACACAGUCCCCGCUGGGAAGGGGAUGCAGAACGUCCAGCUGCUGGUUGUCAACCGGGAGAACCGGACCGAGAUGUGCAAGGUGGGGGAAGUGGGCGAGAUCUUUGUGCGCGCUGCCGGGCUUGCAGAGGGCUACCUAGGAGACCAAGCGUUGAACCAACAGAAGUUCUUGAUGAACUGGUUCGUCGACAACCAGAAGUGGGUGGAGGCUGAUCAGAAGACCAACAAGAACGAGCCGUGGCGGAAGUACUACAAGGGGCCGAGAGACAGGCUAUACCGUACCGGAGACCUGGGGCGGUACCUCGAUUCAGGAGAUGUCGAGUGUGUCGGGCGCGCCGACGAUCAAGUCAAGAUCCGCGGCUUCCGCAUUGAGUUGAACGACAUCGACAGCAAUCUGAGCCAGAACCCGCUCAUCCGCGACUGCAAGACGCUUGUGCGGAGAGACCGUAAUGAAGAGCCCACUCUCGUCAGCUACAUCGUCCCCGAGAUCAGGGAGUGGCAACGAUGGCUUCAUGACCGAGGUCUGGAAGACGUGGAAGACGAGGGUGUCGAGAUGGGCCCCGUCACAGUCUUCCUCAAGAAGUACAGGAGAAUGCAGACAGAGGUGCGGGAUCACUUAAAGAGCCGGCUGCCAACCUACGCGGUGCCCACCAUUUACAUCGUGCUCAACAAGCUCCCUCUCAACCCGAACGGCAAGGUUGACAAGCCCAACCUCCCGUUCCCGGACGUUGCCGAGCGUGUGGAGGACGCGUCAGAGGAGGACAUCAAGAGCUGGGAGUCACUCACCGAGACCGAGCGGACCGUGGCCCAGCUGUGGGCCGAUGUCAUCCGCGGCCUCAACCCGAAGACCAUCAAGAGGGACAACGGGUUCUUCGAUCUCGGCGGGCACAGCUUGCUAGCCCAGCAGUUUCUCCUGACGGUCCGCAAGAGCCUGGGCACAGAUGUCCCGAUCAGUACGCUCUACGGACACCCUAGCCUGGCCGGUUUCAGUGCCCAAGUCGACAAGCUCCGGAGUCACGAAGGCGGCGAUGUGGGGCCUGAAGCCGGGGAAGACGCCUAUGCCAAGUCUCUGGAUGAAUUACUGCGCCAGCUCCCCGAAACGUUCCUGUCUGCGGACGCGGAGACUCUUGCCUCGGCCGAGAACCUGACCAUCUUCCUCACUGGCGCGACUGGUUUCCUGGGGUCAUACCUUUUGCGGGACGUUCUCGACCGGACAGCCCGAAAUGUCAAGCUGAUCGCGCAUGUCCGUGGUGUCAAGGAACCUUCAGCGGCUCUGGCGCGCCUUCAGCGCUCCCUCCAGGGGUACGGCCUGUGGAAGGACGAGUGGGCCGGCAGGCUAAGCGCCGUUGUCGGUGACCUUUCCAAGGCUCAGCUGGGCAUUGACGAUGCCACCUGGCAGACCCUGGCGCAGGAAGUCGACGUCGUGAUCCACAACGGCGCUACGGUUCACUGGGUCAAGAGAUACCAGGACAUGAUGGCACCCAACGUUCUGUCGACUGUCGAUGCCAUGAGGCUCUGCAACGAAGGCAAGGCCAAGGCAUUCUGCUUCGUUAGCUCCACCAGUGUCCUUGAUACCGACUACUACAUACAGCUGUCAGAGAAGCAAACCAGCACCGGCCAGGGCGCCGUCAUGGAGGAGGACGACAUGAACGGAAGCCGGACCGGCCUUGGCACCGGCUACGGCCAGACCAAGUGGGUCUCGGAGCAGCUCAUCCGGGAAGCCGGCAGGCGUGGUCUCCUGGGCUCCAUCGUCCGGCCGGGCUAUAUCCUGGGCGACUCCGAAACGGGCGUCUGCAACGUCGACGACUUCCUGAUCCGCAUGCUGAAGGGCUGCAUCCAGCUUUCGGCUCGCCCGCACAUCAUCAACACCGUCAACGCCGUCCCCGUCAACCACGUCGCUCGGGUUGUCGUAGCAUCGGCGCUCAACCCGCUCUCCAGCGGCGGCGUGCACGUUGUCCACGUCACGGCCCACCCCCGCCUCCGCAUGAACGAGUACCUGUCCAUCCUCGAGUACUACGGCUACAAGACGCCCGAGGUGAGCUAUCAAGCGUGGAAGGAGGAACUCGAGAAGUUCGUGUCGGCCGGCGCGCUGGAGAAGGACCAGGAGCAGCACGCGCUGAUGCCGCUCUACCACUUCUGCAUGAACGACCUGCCGGCCAACACGCGGGCGCCCGAGAUGGACGAUCGCAAUGCCGUGGCGGUUCUCAAGGCGGACGCGGACCGGUGGACCGGCGUCGAUGACAGCACGGGACAUGGCAUCAGCAGGGAGGAUGUCGGGCGGUACCUGGCCUAUCUCGCCGAGGUCAGGUUUGUGCCGCGGCCGAGCGGCAGGGGCCGGCCGCUGCCGGAGAUGAAGCCCGAGGUGUUGGCUGCGCUGGCCGCGGGUGGCACCGGCGGGCGUGGUGGUGCGCAUUAGACUGUAGAGUGGGUUAAGUUGGGUUUGUGUGGGCUGUGGCAGUGAGGGAAAAGAUAAAAAGCGCGGGUCCAUUUACUCUCGACUGGGUUUGACAAGCCAGAUUUCUAGCCAUCUUACGUCCCAGGUUAUAGCGUGCUUUGCAUGGAUUGACUGAUGAAUGUCUUGCAUUGCAUUCUGGUUCAUUCCUUGAGGAGUUUGCCUACAAUGGUGUAUACUGUUUGUU